AUGACCCAGGCUACGAGGACAAUCACGUCAGUUGCAGCACAGAAUUACACGAUUCACAAAAGCUAUGGCGGUGACACGCGAUACAUGUCGCUCGAUUCUCAAUUCGAUACCUUGUGGAACCAUGAACUGGUGCCGGACAACGGUGUCAUCAACCUCCCGCCCUACGAUUCCUCGGGAAAGACGACUGUCAAUGAAUAUGGCGUGAUUGGCAUGCUCCACGCGCUUCACUGCCUGGGUGGCAUCAGGAGGGCCAUGCAGACUGCACGCAACGAUGCACUCAGCAGAAAUGGACACGACAUUGGUCUGGAUUACAAGUCUGAUCCGCACUGGCCUCAUUGUUUCCAUUAUCUCCGGGAGUUGAUCUUGUGCCAUGCCGACGACACGAUCGAGAGAGCCCACUUCCUUAAUGGGACUGUGUCGCUAGCUGGUCAAGCGCCAGCUUUUUUUGAGGGUCAGUUGGACGUGAGGCAGUGUCGCGAUUCGGAAAAACUGUUCCAGACGCGGAAGUUGCACAGUGAUUCGAACAAAGAUGGUGUGCCGAAUGUAUGGUAG